AGUCAAGUGGCCACCAUCACAGUCCCGUAAAUCUCUCUAAAAUACGGAUAUAACUUAAGCAUUAUAGAAGAAAAUACUCCAAGAACAAAAGAAGAGAUCUCCCCCUCUUCCUAUGGGCUUUUUUUCUAUGGCUCUCAAAAAUCCGUUUUAUUCUUCUAAAUUCUCUGCUCCUUCUCAGCGAGUUCCUCAUUUCGCGCAGAUCUAACACUUGACUGAAUAAGAACAUUUUUUAUGAUAUGGAUGAGAGUGUGGAUGAUGCAGUGAAUGAAAUGCUUGCUGUGGAUGGAACAGAUUUCAGAAAUAAAGAAGGUGAACACAGUUUGAAAUUGCAUGAGCAUGGUAUUCAGGAAUCACAUGAAGUGCUUACUCUGAAUGAGCGUAAUCAGCAUGGGGGCCCCUCCCAGUAUUUCAUUGAUAUUCUUGAUGGCAACAAAAUGGGCAGAAUUGGCUCUUCAGGAUAUGCCAGUUCAAGUCCCCGUUGUACUGAUGAUAAUGAGAUUAUGGUUAGAGAGUUGACAUUGAAAAACUAUAAUAAUGGAAAUUUAGCUAUAGUCAGCAUUCCAGGAAACAGAGAGAGCGUGCAGAUCAGACCCAACCAAUGUAAACCUUUAUAUCAAACAGCUGGCGGAUCAGGAAAAAGAAGCUUGCAUAGAGAAGCCAUUGACAAAGAAAAACCUUCCACAUUAUUGAAUUCCCUGGAAGGCGAAGAAGACAAACUGUUUACUGAUUUUUUGGAGAAAAAUCAGAAAUGCGCAAAUGAAAGGCACAAUUUGGUCACAGGAAAUUCACACAGUAAUGAAGAUAAGUCUGGUUUGAAUGACAUGUCUUCGCGGGUUAUCCGAACAAAAAUCGUAUCCAAGUCUGGGUUUUCACAGUACUUCGCAAAGAGUGCAUUAAAGGGAAAGGGAACUGUACAUAGAGGCUUAAAUGCCAAAUCAUUGGGAAGGGAGUACCUUGACCAAACUCAUUCUGAUUGUGCUAAUAUAUCUUUAUUAGAUUCUCCGGUGGCAGAUUGUGUUUUGCGUCCCAUUACUUAUCAGGACGGGGUCAGUUUGAGAGAAUGGCUAAGUGUCAGGAUAAAUAAGACCAGAGAAGCUGAAAGUUUGUCUAUCUUCAAGCAAAUUGUGGAUCUGGUGGACUCUUCUCAUUCUCAGGGAAUCACAUUACUAGAUUUGAGGCCAUCCUGCUUCAAGUUGCUGCAACCAAACCAAGUUGUGUAUAUGGGAGCCUCUGUGCUCACCGAGUCCUCUGAUAAUGUGAUAGAUACAGAUGCUCCUGAAACAGAGCCGGAUCAUUUGAAAAGGCCACUGGAGAACAUCGUGCAUAACUCAGUGAUUCAUAAUGCUAAAAAGCUGAAACUUGGUGAUCCCAUGAGCGUUAGCAGAAGAUUGCCUCAAUUCCCACCGAAAUCAAGUGUCUGGUCAACACCUCAAAAUACUAAUUCAGGUAUUCCUUGGCCACGGGGUUCUGCCAAGGAUGCCAAGGAAGUACAUAAGCUUAAUAGUGAGAGAAAAUUUAGUUCCCCUGAUUUGUCCAGAAGCCCACAACCAUUGCUGACUUCUGUAAGUUGUAUUUUGGAAGUUAAGUGGUAUACCAGUCCUGAACAAAUGAAGAAGGGAAGUUGCACACUUUCUUCAAAUAUAUACUGUCUAGGAGUUCUAUUUUUUGAGUUACUUGGCUUUUCUAACUCUGGAUCUGGAAAAUCUUAUGCCGCUGCAAUGCAAGAUCUCAGUCAUAGAAUUCUUCCUCCUAGUUUCCUGUCCGAAAAUCCAAAAGAAGCUGGAUUCUGCCUUUGGUUACUUCACCCAGAGCCCUCAUCAAGGCCAACUGUAAGGGAAAUUCUUCAAUCUGAAAUUUUAGGCGGGAAAAAAGAAUCCCGAGAUGAGGUACUGUCUUCUAUUAUUGAAGAGGACUCUGAAUCAGAACUAUUGGUAUACUUCCUUUCCUUGCUGCAAGAACAAAAACAAAAUAAUGCCUCAAAGAUAGCUGAAGAGCUCAAGUGUAUAGAAGCAGAUAUCCAGGAAGUUCAUAGAAGACAGAACAAACAAUUUUCAGUUUCUUCCUCCCCAAGUCAUGAGUUCCUUGGUACUUCUGGAAGCAGGUAUAUUCAAAUGGACGAGAUGAAGUUGAACAGUGUACGGCAGCUGGAGAGUGCUUAUUUCUCCAUGCGAUCAACAAUUCAGCCUUCCAGUAAUAAUGAUGCAAAAAUGAGCGGAAAUAGACAAAUUUUUAACAAUCAGAAAAACAACUGUAUGACUGGAAUCAAUGGAGAGAUGUAUGAAAACAGUGACAGUCUUGGAGGUUUCUUUGAUGGUCUGUGCAAGUAUGCUCGAUAUAGCAAGUUCAAAGUUUGUGGAGUUGUAAGAAAUGGAGACUUCAAUAGCUCUGCAAAUGUAAUAUGCUCUUUGAGCUUUGAUCGAGACGAGGAAUAUUUAGCUGCUGGCGGUGUGUCAAAGAAAAUCAAGAUAUAUGAAUACAAUGCUCUCUUUAAUGACUCUGUCGACAUUCAUUAUCCUGUUCUUGAAAUGUCAAACAACUCAAAGCUCAGCUGCAUUUGCUGGAACAGCUAUAUCAGAAACUAUCUGGCUACCACUGACUAUGAUGGUGUAGUAAAGUUAUGGGAUGCAACAUCAGGUCAAGGGUUUUUUCAUUUGAACGAGCACAGUGAAAGAGCUUGGUCUGUUGAUUUUUCACGCAUCGAUCCAACCAAGUUAGCAAGUGGAAGUGAUGACCGUCUUGUAAAACUUUGGAGUAUUAAUGAGAAGAACAGCAUCAGCACAAUAAAAAACAGUGCAAAUGUAUGCUGUGUCCAGUUUUCUCCAGAAUCCAGUCAUAUGCUAGCUUAUACCUCUGCUGACUAUAAGAUCUACUGCUAUGAUCUUCGAAAUAUUUCAAUUCCCUGCCAUACAUUGGUUGGCCAUGAGAAAGCUGUUAGCUAUGUGAAAUUCUUGGAUGGCAACACUCUAGUUUCUGCGUCUACGGACAACACACUUAAAAUCUGGGAUCUCAACAAAGCCAGUUCAAAUUCUUCAUCUACCGAUGCUUGCAUCUUAACCCUUGGAGGACAUACCAAUGAAAAGAACUUUGUGGGAUUGUCUGCAGCUAAUGGAUAUAUUUCGUGUGGCUCUGAGACUAAUGAGGUAUUUGCAUAUCACAAAUCUCAGCCCAUGCCCAUUACUUCUUACAAGUUUGGUUCAAUUGACCCAAUCUCUGGCAAAGAAACUAAUGAUGACAGAGGACAGUUUGUUUCAAGCGUCUGCUGGAGACGUAAAUCAAACAUGGUUGUUGCCGCCAAUUCCACCGGCUGUAUUAAAGUACUAGAAAUGGUGUAGCACUGAAUAACAGCCCACAUCUUAACUUUAACACACCAAAAUCUGUAGUAAUGAGCUUGUCUCUUUCUAUAGUUGUUACUUGUUACCCCACAAGCUAGGGAUCCAUUUAAACUGUGGAGAAGUUGGAAGUGGCAUGGCCAUCUCUUCACACAUGUGAUCUAGCUGAAAGAUACAAUAUAAGAAAGAUCCAAGUAUGGAUUUCAAAAGACCGACUGCUCUCUGUUAAGAUAUGGAGUGGCAUGCGGAAUAUGUGUUGUCAUUGACAUUUUAAGCUUUAGGCACACGGUGUACAGGUUUUCUUCAAGGAAUGGCGGUCUGAUUCAGAUUCUACAUUUCUACAGCUAAAAAUGUUUUGCAAUUAAUUAGGGUAUUAUGUUCUUUUUGUAAAUUGUGAGAUAUAUAAUCAGAUAUAUACAAUCAUAAAUAGUCUAUGCCAGAUUGAGAGAUUAAUAUGUAGAUUGACUAUGUACAAUGUAUUGCAACAGUAUCUUGUUUUGUUGCUUGCAUUUUUAGUCUUAUUCAUUUUUUUCAAGAUUUUGAUGGAUA